AUGGUGCGCGAACGUGAUUAUCCUGCCUACUUGACGCACGUCGCUUAUCCACGCGCCCUUCAACCACAUUUUUUUGCGUUGCGUGCCUUCCAUAUCGAGCUUGCUUCGCUGAAAGAUGUAGUGAGCAACGAGCUUGUGGGGCGCGUACGUAUGCAAUGGUGGCGCGAUGCUAUUGAAGGCAUAUACCAAAACCGUGUGCCAAAGCAUCCUAUUGUGCAAGGGUUGCAUGCAGCGAUCUUCGAUCCAGUUGUCAUGAAACAGGGCUCCCUCGUCAAGGAGCAUUUCCUGAGCAUCAUCGAUGCACGUGAAGCCGACCUAGCAGAUCCUCUUUCCCCACCGACCCUGGCCGAGCUCGAGCAGUAUGCAGAAUCGACCUCUUCACGCAUGUUAUAUCUCCUUCUCAAUUUGCUCGGCGUCUCCAAUGGCGCUGUAGACGAGCUUUUUUCCCAUCUUGGGAAAGCCAUGGGUCUAAGCAUCCUUGUAGCUGGUUUGCCGCAUCACACCCACCCAGCCCCUCGCCCACGAACUGGUGGUGGUGGCGCACCUGGCAUGCCAGGCUCACGGUAUGCGCCGCAGGCAGAUGGUGUGCCUCGGACGCCGACACUGCCACUUCCACUCGAAUACUUAAUGGACGAAGGGGUCGUUCAAGAAGAUGUUUUCCGCAAUGGCAUUCAUGCGAAAGGUCUCCGUGAUGCCAUUUUCCACACGGCCACUCGUGCCAACGACUAUUUGAUUACCGCACGGACGCAGUUGCGAAAUGAAUUCUCUGAUCGCGUGCCUGAUCGUAUCGUUGGCCCAACCCUAUUGACAGUACACAUUUCGCAGUUCUUAAAGAAACUCGAAGCGCUGGACUUUAACCCAUACGAUACAGCGUUCCAGCGUAAAGAUUGGCUUCUGCCUUGGUAUAUGUGGCUCGCUGCACGACGACACCGUUUCUAA